GAUUCAUAACAUAGUGAAUACAAAAAUGAUAUAAUGUAAUAAAAUUAAUUACACAAUAAUCAGAGUGAAUCAGAGCGUUUAAAAUAAAAAUAUAUAUUUGAAUUAAAUCACGAAAAAUAAUAAAUAGUAUUUGUAAAUAAUGGAUGAAGCAGAAAAAGAUUUGAAAAAGAAGAAAAAAAAGAAAAUUAUGAAGAGAGAAAUGAAAAAGAAAAAUAAAACCACAGAUCCCAGGGAUAUUUUCUCAGACUUUUCUUUUGUUCAAAUACCUUACGGCCUGCAUUUCAAUAACAUCAAAAUAACAGAUGAAGUAUUGCAAACCUCUGCACAUUACAAACUCUCAUAUGAUGAAUUUCUACCUCCUGAAUGUUUCCUUAAUCAAUCAGAGUGCGAUUCAUCUGAUUUGGAUUUAUUAAGAAGCAAAUUUUUAGAAAAUAAUAGCUAUACUUAUACAUAUAAACAAAAAUAUAGAAAAUUUGCACUUGUGCGUGUUCAACAAUCAUUAUUGGAAAAAGCAGAACAUGAGCAAUGUUUGAGAGGACUCGAAAUCAUUACAUCUGGCUGUAAACCAACUUUGGAGGAAGAAACAGAUGUUUCAGUAUUUAUGAACUCAGAGAAGAAACGAUUUUCUGAGUAUUCAAAAUUUUCACAAUAUGUUGAAAAUAUAUGGAACAGGAAAAACAAAGAAAGAUUGAUUUAUAUUCAGCCUGAUUUGAAGAAUUUUAUUAAACUUUAUUGGAGAUGGCAACAAAAUCGUGUUUCUAAUUAUCCCAAAAAUUAUAAGGUCAUGACUAUGCUUCCCCUAGAAAAUAAUUUAAAAAGUCAACAGAAAACUUGUAUUGAUAUUUUUCCAGAAAAUAUAGUCCAUCAAUAUGGAAAGUCGAUGCUUUUAGAUAUUAAUGAAUUUAAUUCUUGUUCUAAAUGUAUAAAUGAUUGCAACACCUUGGAAUCAAAAGCAAUAAAAAGUAGAAAUGACAAGACAAAAGUAUCAGUGAGUGAAGAUGAAGUCUGUAUCGAUAUGGCAAUAAAAUACAAUGCUAAUAUUGUGAUAUCAUCAAGUGGUUUAAAAUGUUUAUUAGAUAAUCAUCCACCAAAAUAUUGCAGGGAAUGGAUCAUACCAAUAGUUAUUAAGGAGUUCGAUGUUGAUUACAAGAAACAAAAAGUGGUCUUUGUGGAAAAGCCUUUACCUUCACUCAGGUAUUCAAUUCAUCAACAAAAUCAAUGGGCUAAUAAAAUAUCAUUAAAAACUAGUACUAUAUUUGGUUUUGAAAAAUUGCAAAGAAGAGCUGCCUAUGAAAGGAAAGUGAAAACUGAAUUAAUAAAAAUUCAAGAUACUCAUGAAGAUCACUCAGAAAAAGAUCAAGAUAAUAUAAAAAAAGAGCCACAGGAACAUGCAAAAGAUGUUGACAAUAGCAGUAAAAGUUUAAAUGUUGAUGUCACAUAUUGCCCUAAAAGUCCAUGCAAUAUUACUGACGAUGUAGGGGUUUGCACUGAAAAUACAGAAAAUGGCAUUAUGAAUAAAAAAAUAAUUACUGUUGAAAAUCAAGAGUGCAUCAAUAAUAAAGAAAUUGACCUAAACAUUGUCAAAAGUGAAGAUAAUAAAUGUAAUGAUCAUGAAAUCAAGUUAAGGACACCUAAUAACAAUAUUUCUUCACUUAAAAAUCAAGAUGGUAGUGAUGAUAACAGUGAUUCAGAUUCUGAUGAUCUAUUAAUUGAUGAAGCUUAUGAUAGUACUGAUACUGAAGCAUGUAAUACAUUUUCUAAUAAAAGAGUUACCAGGAGCAUGACAAAAUCCAGAAGUGCAAAUGCAUCAUCAGAAUCUUUAUCAAUAGAUUCCCCAGGAAACACAAGUUACACAUCUAUAAGUAGUAGACGUUCUAGAUCCCCAUCAACUCGUUAUAAGAAUAAAGAAAAUAAUGUCAGUGAAUCUGAAAGUUGUAAUAAGUCAAGUAUAAAAAGUGCAGCAUUGGAAAUGAAAAAUAUGCAAGAAUAUUGUAAUGAUUUACCAGGAAACUUAAUAAAAAAUGAGACUAUUAGUAUUAGCAGUAACAACUUUGCAGAUACUGAAAAUGUAGAAAACAAAAAACGUAGACUUUCUACAGGAGAAGAUGUUGAAUAUAAAGAGAUAUCUGAUCCUCUUACAACUUACAGAAUGUGGAAGUUAAUUGAGAAGUCUGAUGCUGAAACAUCUUUGUUACAAAAAAAUAGUAGUAAAGAAUUAAAGCUUCUAAUACGAACUAAAUCACACGGUAAAGUGAAAAUUGGUGAAGUUGAAAAAGAAGUAAUAUUGAUGCCAAAGUUGGAAUAUCAAACAGAAUUUGGAGCUGAAUGCUGUAGUCUUAGUGAGAGCAUCAGACAGUGGUGUUCUUUGUUUUUCCAACCUGAUACAACUUUACUUAGAGUUCGAAUGUAUCAUGAUUCUUCCCGGAUUUCAAUGCAUGAAAUGCUUGAUUUAAAUGGAGUAACAAAUGAAGUCUUACGAUUACACAAACAUAAUCCAAAAAAAAAUCUAAAUCGUCUUUUUCGGCUCUUAAAUAUCAUGCACUCUUCUUUGUUACCUGGCUCCUAUAUUUUGAAGCACGAUGUGAAGAUGGCAGAAGCUGCAAAAUUAUACAUGGCAGAUAAUAGUUGUGACUCCAGCAAUACGCAGCUGGAUUUACGUCAAUUAUAUGAAAAUGUUACCUUGGAUAAAGUUUCUCUGGAGGAAUCCAUGUGGAAUCCAAUUGAUCCAUUUAUCAUUACUCCGGAACACAAGAGACUAGGUAUUUUACCAAGCAUGUUUGCUUAUAAAGAAGAAAAUUUAGCAAAAUCAAAAGGAAAAAAAAAGAAAAAAAAGAAAAGUUUUUUGAUUUUGAAGUAA